AUGAGGGCUAAGAAUCCUCUUGCCUUCCGGCCAGGGCCCGUGUCCUUCUGGACGACUGUUAUAUAUCUCGCUCUUUUUAUUCCUCUUAUUUGGGUUCACGAAACUGUCCCUUCAGCUCCGGCUGAUCGGUCGCUGUAUCAGGGUCUCAAUCUGACUGAAGCAUGGCUCGAUCUGCAAACCAUUACUCGCGCCUAUCAUCCCUACAACAGUCACGAAAAUGACCGAGUACGCGAUUUCAUCAUUAACCGGACCAAGGAGAUUCUCGAUCGCAAUGAUAUGUCGUAUACCACCGAAACGAUUGGUGGUGUAGUUUGGCACUCAAGAACAUCUUCUAUGGAGAACCAAGAUUCGCCUGUAUCAGCUCAAGACAAGCCUCGUGGAGCAACGCUCUUCGAUGACAGAACUUCUAACGUUUCCUGGACUUACAAUACUGCUCGUCGUAUGGGCUCUAAUAUUUCCAAGGGAACAUGGCUGGGGCAGUACUUUGAGGGCAACAACUACUACGUCUACAUCCACGGCAAAAACGACCCUGAGGGUGAAUGGUGGCGUGACGAAACCAAGUACAAGAAGUUCCGUGGCGAAGGCGGUGUUCUUGUCAACUGCCACUUUGAUUCCGUUUCCACCGGUUAUGGUGCCACCGACGAUGGGCGUCAACCCAAGAACGGCAUCGUUCUGCUCUUCAACAACGCAGAGGAGGAUGGGCUUCUCGGUGCCAGAGCCUUCGGCUACAGUCCCUUGUUACUAUUCAUUCAUACAUUCGUCAACCUUGAAGGCGCUGGCGCAGGAGGCCGCGCGCUGCUUUUCCGUACCACUGACUUGCAGGCUGCAAAGGCUUACUCCAAGAGCCCCCAUCCACUAGGGUCCGUUGUUGCUGCUAAUGCUUUCGAGAGAGGUGUGAUCAAGAGCGCAACCGAUUACGAGAUCUUCGCAGAUGCCUAUGGACAAAGAGGACUUGAUAUUGCUUUCUAUGAGCCUCGCGCUCGGUACCAUACCAACCAAGACGAUACACGACACACAUCUGUUAACAGCAUUUGGCACAUGCUUUCCGCUGCUCUCGCGUCGACUGAGCACCUGUCAAAGACGACCGGCACCAUUUUUAAUGGUGACCGUUCCGAUGGCAACUCUGAUCUUGCUCAGAACGGCAAGCAGGCUGAGGGUGUCUGGUUCGAUAUCUUUGGUGCUGCGUGGGCCGUGUUCGCGCUUAGAGGACUCUUUGCAUGGUCUCUAACGCUUCUCGUCGCCACGCCGCUGAUCCUGAUUGCCUUUACGUACAUCCUGGCUCGCAAGGAUAAAUACUACUUCUUUUCAAGGGAUAUCAAGAUGCAUCACGACAUUAACGAUGACCCAGUCGUGUUGGGUGGCUGGAAGGGAUUCUUCCGCUUUCCAUUUGCCCUCGCUUUCGCUGGGGCACUAACUAUUGCAUCUACUCUUCUGAUUGCUAAGUUCAAUCCGCUGAUUAUUUACAGCAGCGGAUAUGCUGUGUGGUCUAUGACUCUUUCCAUCUUUUACUUCUCGUUUUGGCUCAUCAUGCGUGGUGCCAGUUUUGUUCGCCCCAGUGCACUUCAUCGAGGCUUUGUUCUGAUGUGGCUCUUUGCCCUUGGCUGGGGUGUGCAAGUUGUGUGUGCUGUGGCAGAGGACCGUAUGCACAUUGGUGCCCUUUACGCAACCGUGUUCUUCCAGUCGGCCAUUUUCCUUGCCCUGUUCAUUUCUCUUUUGGAACAGUUCGCGUUGCUUGGGAAGCAUGACUUUGCAAUGCAGCUUCACGACGCUCAUCAGGCGCGAGAUGUUUCUAGCCGCGAUAAUGAGAAUGAAUCUAGACCCCAGACAGAGAGUGAGCCUGCUCAUGCUGAGGCAGAUGAUUACGAGGACGGAUCUGAGGAUGCGACCGAGACCACGCCGCUUAGGGCCGGUGAAUCAGGAUACGGGUCCAACGUUCCGACUUCGUUUGCCAACACAUAUCGCCGUUCGGUCGCUGAAAAUUCACCCUCUCCGCCUAGUAUGCGACGAUACCAGCCUUUCGAGCAUGAGCAGAGUUGGUCUGGACGCCUUCCUACGUGGACUUGGAUUCUCCAGUUCCUCUUUCUGGCUCCCGUACCCGUGAUCCUGUUUGGAAACAUUGGCCUGGUUGUUAUGUCUGCUACCCAGAUGACAGGUACUGACGGGGGUAGCCUCCUUGUUCCCGUGCUGUCAUUGGGCAUUUUGAGCAUUUUCUUGUUGCUCCCGCUCACGCCUUUCAUCCACCGUGUUACCCACCAUAUUCCGCUGUUCCUCUUCUGUGUUUUCGCCGGCACCUUCAUCUACAACCUGGUCGCAUUCCCGUUUUCCGACAGUAACCGUUUCAAGUUCUAUUUCCAACAAGUCAUCGACCUGGAUAAUGGUACCAACACGGUCUCUAUCGUAGGACUUGAGGAGUAUGCGCGAUCUGUCAUCAGCACCCUGCCGAGCACUUCGGGUCGAGAGAUCAAGUGUCAGCCAGCUGUUGGACGUGAUCUGUCAGAUUGCCAGUACGAUGCCUCAUCAUUGGCACCCAGACUGUACAGGAAUAAGACUCCUGACGAUUUGGUCUCAGUUGAGACGAUAUAUGGCAGCGAUGGAAGCAAAGCACGACUUCGAAUUGAUGCUAUUGACUCGAGGCUUUGCUAUGUUCGCACAUCACGACCCGUCUAUGGAUUCGCCGUGGAUGGUGCCAGCCCACGAGAUCCUCGUUUCGGAAAGUUCCCCUCUGAGGGUUUCAGCAGCGUCCAGCUCUGGCGCCGCGAUCGAGAUCGACCCUGGACAUUGAACUUGUAUUUGAAUGAGCGAAAUGCUCUAUCUGCGCCGGUGGACUCGGAUCAGGAGGAAAUCAAGUCACAGGAAGACCACGAGUUGAGAGUGCGGUCAGCAGAGCAAACAGCUGAUCGUCUCGAAGUCACUGUCAGUUGUGCUUACAGUGAUGCCAACACGCCUGGAACGAUCCCGGCUCUUGACGAGCUUCUGAAGUACAUGCCAACUUGGGCGGCAGUUACCAAGAAGAAUGUCGGACUCGUAGAAGUUCGAAAGACUCAUAAAGUCUGA